CUCUGCCUCUGCUCCCCGAGCUCUGCUGCGCUCCCAGCCCCACUGCUCGCUCUUCUGCCCCAGGGUCUGGGUUGUGUGUGUGUUUUUUGGGGGGGGGGAAAUAAGAUGAGCGAGAGGAGAAGAUCGGCGGUGGCCCUCAGCUCCCGAGCCCACGCUUUCUCGGUGGAAGCCUUGAUCGGGACAAAUAAAAAGAGGAAACUGCGAGACUGGGAGGACAAGGGGCUGGAUUUGUCCAUGGAAAGCCUCAGCCCCAAUGGCCAGCUAGGGGACAAUGAAGACCCGACUCAGUGCCUGGACCUCAACCCCGACUCAGAGCAGAGCACUGGAUCAGACACAGAAGUGCUGGCAGAAAGGACCUCCUGCUCAUUUGGCUCCCAUUCUGACCUUACACCUGGUGGCUCAGGCCCUCAGCCUCCUCCACCUUCAUCCAUGGAAGAGAUCCAGGUAGAGCUUCAGUGUGCUGACCUCUGGAAAAGAUUUCAUGACAUUGGGACAGAGAUGAUCAUCACAAAAGCAGGCAGGAGAAUGUUUCCAGCCAUGAGAGUGAAAAUCACAGGCUUGGAUCCCCACCAGCAGUAUUAUAUUGCCAUGGACAUUGUGCCUGUAGAUAACAAGAGAUACAGGUAUGUGUAUCACAGCUCCAAGUGGAUGGUGGCUGGCAAUGCUGACUCCCCAGUGCCCCCAAGGGUUUACAUCCACCCCGACUCGCUGGCUUCUGGAGACACCUGGAUGAGGCAGGUGGUCAGUUUUGACAAACUCAAGCUGACCAACAAUGAGCUUGAUGAUCAAGGCCACAUAAUCUUACACUCAAUGCAUAAGUACCAGCCCCGUGUUCAUGUCAUCCGCAAGGAUUUCAGCAGCGAUCUUUCCCCUACAAAGCCGGUUCCUUCAGGAGACGGAGUGAAAACCUUCAACUUCCCUGAGACUGUCUUCACCACCGUGACAGCCUACCAAAAUCAACAGAUCACCAGAUUAAAAAUUGACAGAAAUCCCUUUGCUAAAGGUUUCAGAGAUUCUGGGAGAAACAGGACGGGGCUGGAGGCCAUUAUGGAGACCUACGCGUUCUGGAGGCCCCCUGUGCGCACUCUCACCUUUGAAGACUUUACUACCAUGCAGAAGCAGCAAGGAGGCAGCACAGGCACCUCCCCAACCACCUCCAGCACAGGGACUCCAUCGCCCUCUGCUUCCUCUCACCUUCUCUCUCCAUCCUGCUCCCCUCCGGCCUUUCACCUGGCCCCAAACACGUUCAAUGUCGGCUGCCGGGAGAGUCAGCUUUGCAACCUCAACCUGUCUGAUUAUCCCCCAUGUGCCAGGAGCAACAUGGCUGCCUUGCAGAGCUACCCAGGGCUGAGCGAUGGUGCCUACAACCGGCUGCAGAGCGGCACCGCCGCUGCCUCGCAGCCCUCCGAAACCUUCAUGCCUCAGAGGACUCCAUCCUUGAUCUCAGGAAUGCCAACUGCUUCCUCCCUGCCCAGCAACAGCAAGAUGGAGGCGUACAGCGGCCAGCUGGGAUCCUUCCCCAGCUCCCAGUUUCAGUAUGUCAUGCAAGCUGGCAACCCUGCCUCCACCUCCUCCUCUUCACACAUGUUCGGAGGUGGCCACAUGCAGCAGAGCUCCUACAAUGCCUUCUCCCUGCACAAUCCCUACAACCUCUAUGGAUACAAUUUCCCUGCUUCCCCCAGGCUGGCAGCAAGCCCGGAGAAACUCACCACCUCCCAAAGCACUUUACUCUGCUCUUCCCCUUCCAGCGGGGCCUUUGGAGAGAGGCAAUACCUUUCCACAGGGAUGGAUCACGGGAUGCACAUGAUCAGCCCUCCCUCCAGCAACCAGCAGACGGCCAAUGCCUGUGACAACAGACAGUAUGGGGGGGUUCAGGGCUCCUCCUCACAGAUGUCUGUGCACAUGGUCUAACAAGCCACGCCUCUCCUUGGACAUCGAAGGCAGCUGGACCUUCAUCCUUUCCAGGGGGAAACUCAUCCCAGUACCUUUUUGCCUUCAAACUUAUAGUGGAACUAAUAUUGUAAUGAUCAAUAAGAACUCAAGCCAUCUAGGUGUGCACAGCAGAACCUUGUGAAAAGCCUCCAUUGACUGCCAUUGCAGUUUGUUGUAGCCCAGGACCUCCAGACCUGGCACAGAGUGUCUGCUUUUUCUGGACAUUGCAGAGAGAAGGACAUGACUUCAAUGAGAAGCUGGAGAUGAGCAGCUGAAUAUACCCUUUAUGCAUUAACUCUCAGCUAGCAUGAGCUCUCGACGUGGAGGCAGCUGUCCUCCUGUGCUGUCUCCUCUGGAUGCUGAAGAACAGCAGUCUCCCAAGGCUUCAUCCUCUGAAGCUGCAUUGCCCGUGGCUUUAAAGACCUCCUUCUUCCCAGACUGUUCCUCAUUGCUGGAGUGGCUAAGCCCAUUAUGGAAGCUAACAGUGGUCCAUGGGUCCUUUGCCCACUGUAGCACAGGAAUGACACUGCUGGGCUGGGGCUCCUCCUCCGAAAGAGGUUCCUGCAUUUUCACCAUGGCUCUACCCAAUUGGUAGGAUCAAACUUUCCAGCAGCCAGCCUACAGAUGGAGAUGUGAGAAAGAGAGAGAAAAGUUUUAACCCACAAGUGAGCCUCAGACAGAAGUGGGGACUGAUCUUCAGAAAGAUGCAUGGGGGAGUUCCUGUAGACAUGACCCAAAGUGAUGCACCCAAACUGAACGUCUGACAGCC